GUUCUCAUGGGCUUUGGAGUUGCAAAAAAAAAAAAACAAUGAAAAUCGAAAAUUCUAUUCAUUUUGUUCACGUAGUAAAGUGUCCCAUUAAAACAGUGUGCGGUACCGUGGCACAACAGUAGUGGUCAGAGGAGCGGGGAAGGCAGUGCGUGUGUCGCGUGUGGACAUGGAAGAAAGUGACUCUCCCAGCUUCAAUGGCGGUGUCCGUGGCAACGUUCUUGCUUCCCAGCCUACUUGCGCUUAUAUAUAUGUGUGUGUUAUUGUUAUCAGAUAAUUGAAUUAAAUUCUUGCUCUUGCGGCUUGUUAACUGCAGCCUGGAUGGAUGCUGGCGAAGAGGCGUCUAGAAGUCGGACGAGAUUGAUAUGAUGCUGGCGCGGCACACAGCAUAUGUAAUAGCAAGAGCGACUACGAUAACUCCCGGCCAAUCCGGGAUGUGUGCGUGCAUGUGCGUGUGUGUAUGUGUACAGUUUCAUGUUGCAAAGACACUCUCCGAACCGCCCCGCAAGGAGUAGGCGCUGAUAAAACAUAAUUUCUCCCUGCAAUGCUGCUGCUGAUGCUGCCGAUGAUGAUGCGAUGAUGAUGACUGGUGUUGUCGUGGAUGCAUCGUGCUGAACUGACAAGAGAAGCAGUACUUUACACCAACGCUAACACGCCCUAAUCGCGGCCGUUGUAGUUCAUCACGAAGAGAGGGCGCAGAUACGUUGUGACGACAGCAGACGACGACGACGUGGUCGCUUCCGGUCGCGAGCAGCAAAGACGCGAGCGUGUGUGUGUGCGUGUGUGUACCGGGGGGGAGGGUAUAGUGCUUGCGGUGUAAUUGCGUUGGGUGUGGAACAAGCGUAACGAGUCGCCGGCUGGGUAUAAAGGGGAAAGCAACCGCAUCCAAGAUGGCACCGGUACGUGGGGAUGGAAUGCGCGGACUGGCCGUGUUCAUAUCGGACAUCAGGAACUGCAAAAGCAAAGAGGCGGAAAUCAAGCGCAUCAACAAGGAGCUGGCCAACAUUCGGAGCAAAUUCAAAGGGGACAAAACGCUGGACGGCUACCAGAAGAAGAAGUACGUGUGCAAGCUGCUGUUCAUCUUUCUGCUCGGCCAUGACAUCGAUUUCGGGCACAUGGAGGCGGUCAAUCUGCUGUCCUCCAACAAAUACUCGGAGAAACAAAUCGGCUAUCUGUUCAUCUCGGUGCUGGUGAACACGAACAGCGAUCUGAUCAAGCUGAUCAUCCAAAGCAUCAAGAACGAUCUGCAGUCGCGCAAUCCGAUCCACGUCAAUCUGGCGCUGCAGUGCAUCGCCAACAUCGGCAGCCAGGAUAUGGCGGAAGCGUUCUCGAACGAAAUCCCGAAGCUGCUCGUGUCGGGCGACACGAUGGAUGUGGUGAAGCAGUCGGCCGCGCUGUGCCUGCUGCGGCUGUUCCGCACCUGCCCGGACAUCAUCCCGGGCGGCGAGUGGACCAGCCGGAUCAUCCAUCUGCUGAACGAUCAGCAUAUGGGCGUGGUGACGGCCGCGACCAGCCUGAUCGAUGCGCUGGUCAAGAAAAACCCGGAAGAGUACAAGGGGUGCGUCAGCUUGGCCGUGUCGCGCCUGUCCCGCAUCGUGACCGCUUCGUACACGGAUCUGCAGGACUACACGUACUACUUUGUGCCGGCGCCGUGGCUGUCGGUGAAGCUGCUGCGCCUGCUGCAGAACUACAACCCGCCGACGGAGGAUCCGGGCGUGCGCGGUCGGCUGAACGAGUGUCUGGAGACGAUACUGAACAAGGCGCAGGAGCCGCCGAAGAGCAAGAAGGUGCAGCACUCGAACGCGAAGAACGCGGUCCUGUUCGAGGCGAUCAAUCUGAUCAUACACAACGACAGCGAGCCGAGCCUGCUGGUGCGGGCGUGCAAUCAGCUCGGCCAGUUCCUGAGCAACCGCGAGACGAAUCUGCGCUACCUGGCGCUGGAGUCGAUGUGCCACCUGGCGACGUCCGAGUUUUCGCACGAAGCGGUCAAGAAGCACCAGGAGGUGGUGAUCCUGUCGAUGAAGAUGGAGAAGGACGUGUCGGUGCGGCAGCAGGCGGUCGAUCUGCUGUACGCGAUGUGCGAUCGGUCGAACGCGGAGGAGAUCGUGCAGGAGAUGCUGAACUACCUGGAGACGGCGGACUACUCGAUCCGGGAGGAGAUGGUGCUGAAGGUGGCGAUCCUGGCGGAGAAGUACGCGACGGACUACACGUGGUACGUGGACGUGAUACUGAACCUGAUCCGUAUUGCGGGCGAUUACGUGUCGGAGGAGGUGUGGUACCGCGUGAUCCAGAUCGUGAUCAACCGGGAGGAGGUGCAGGGCUAUGCGGCGAAGACGGUGUUUGAGGCGCUGCAGGCGCCGGCCUGCCACGAGAACAUGGUGAAGGUGGGCGGCUACAUUUUGGGCGAGUUUGGCAAUCUGAUUGCGGGCGAUUCGCGGUCCGCACCGAUGGUGCAGUUCAAGCUGCUGCACUCGAAGUACCAUCUGUGCUCGUCGAUGACGCGCGCGCUGCUGCUGUCGACGUACAUUAAGUUUAUCAAUCUGUUUCCGGAGAUUCGCGGCACCAUUCAGGACGUGUUCCGGCAGCACAGCAAUCUGCGGUCGGCCGACGCGGAGCUGCAGCAGCGCGCGAGCGAGUAUCUGCAGCUGAGCAUUGUCGCGUCGACGGACGUGCUGGCGACCGUGCUGGAGGAGAUGCCGUCGUUCCCGGAGCGCGAAAGCUCCAUACUGGCGGUGCUGAAGAAGAAGAAGCCGGGCCGGGUACCGGAGAAUGCGGAGAUACGGGAGACGAAGAGCCCGGUGCCGAACAGUCACAACAAUGCUCACAGCAAUGCUCAAACUAAUCACACAUCAAGUGCGAACAACGCCAACGCUAGCUCGGAUCUGCUCGGGCUCAGCACACCACCGGCCAGCCAGUCUGGCACACUGAUCGACGUACUGGGCGAUAUCUACAGCACAGCCAACGGCAACAGCAAUGUGGUUAAUAAUUCCAAAAAAUUCGUUUUCAAAAACAAUGGCGUCCUGUUCGAGAACGAUCUGCUGCAGAUCGGCGUGAAGAGCGAGUUCCGCCAAAACCUCGGCCGGCUCGGGCUGUACUACGGCAACAAGACGCAGACGGCGCUGCAAAACUUCGUGCCCACGCUCCAGUGGUCGGCCGAGGAUGCGCUCAAGCUGAACGUGCAGAUAAAGGCGGUCGAGCCGACGCUGGAGGCGGGCGCCCAGAUCCAGCAGCUGCUGACGGCGGAAUGUAUCGACCACUAUCUCGGCGCACCGUCGAUCGUGAUCUCGUUCCGGGUGAGCGGUGGGGCGCCGCAGAAAAUCACCGUAAAUCUUCCGCUCACGAUCAACAAGUUCUUCGAGCCGACCGAGAUGAACGCGGAAUCGUUCUUCGCCCGGUGGAGAAACCUGGGAGGUGAGCAGCAACGAGCACAGCGCGUGUUUAAGGCCCAGCAGCCGCUCGAUCUGCCCGGCGCGCGCAACAAGCUGACCGGAUUCGGCAUGCAGCUGCUCGACAGCAUCGAUCCCAACCCGGACAAUAUGGUGUGCGCCGGCAUCAUACACACGCAGGCCCACAAGGUGGGCUGCCUGCUGCGCCUGGAACCGAACAAGCAGGCACAGAUGUUCCGUUUAACUAUUCGGUCCAGCUUAGAGGCGGUGACGCAAGAAAUCUGCGACCUGUUGGUGGAUCAGUUCUAAAUGAAUAACUCCGCACCGGCAGACGUUUGUUCCAAGUCUAGAGACGGAAGGAUUAGAACUAUAGAUGCAUACAAUAAUCAAUCAACUAAUGAGAAAUGAUGUGUAGAGACUGCAGCAGAAAGGUAAUAAUGGUGUGGUUUGGUGGUGCCCAAGGCGCAAUGUUCUUUUUCCCUCCCUCCCCCAUUCCACACGGAAGGUGGAAAAAGCUGUUUAUGUUUUAUCGAUAUUUGUGUAUGUGUGUGGCUUUGUGGUAUGUGUAAAUGUACACAUAUACGUAUGGUAUGGUCAGUAAAAAAGUGGUGGAAUAAUGCCAUAAGUACUAGUUGAAUGCGCCUACCCCGCGGAGGCGGACGGAGGGCGCUAGUGAUGAUCAAUGAUAAGAUAGAAUGUCCUUUUGACGCAAGAGGCGAUUGAAACGAAUAAGUUAUCUUGUUCCAUUACAUGUUAAACAGCGGUAAACGGAUUUGUGUUUGUGUGUGCGGUACAUAGCUAACGAAUAUGUACGAUCGAGCACACUCCCAUCACCCCAAACUAGAAAGGAAUUACGGAAUAAUUCGUAAGCCAAAGUACUUCCGUUGUCGUUGUACCGCGAAAGUGAGACGUUGCAAAUUGCAUUUUCGUCGCUAGGCUUCCUACCACCAAGGCAAAAAAAGGGGGCGUUCAAUAAAUUAAUAUAUUAAAUCAAGCUAAAUAAUUAUCUAUUGGAACGUAAACUUAGAGCGGCAUGUGUGCAAGCGAGAAGGAGCGAGGGAGAAGUAGAGUAAUGGAGUGUGCAGCGAAAGAGGAAAGUAGCGCUGGAACAAAUUACUUUACCCUGUGUGUACACAUUUGACCACAGGCCACAGACUUUUGAUGAGGAUUCCGUUUGGUGCCGAAGUUACGCGCCAGUAGGAGACAUACAAGUAGUAAUCUCAUUCUCAACGUUUAAGGGGCGAAUAAAUGACAAAAAAAACCGAAACGCAGUAGUUUCCUCGUAGAGUUUAGGAAAAGAAAACAAACCUUUCCUUACACACGGUGACACAGAGGAGAAAGAAUGGACACGAAACGUAAGAGCGAAACGUGUGUGGAAACAUCGAAAUUGAAGCAAAACACCCAAUCAGGCGUAGGGAAGAGCAAGCGAAAGAUACAAACACAUCCCCUGUUCCCUAAGAGCUAACUCAAUGUAGAUAAAGCCCCGUUUGAAAAGGCGCCGACGCGCUCGUUGUUGCAUGUAAUGUUGGUGUAAAGUAAUUAACGUAAAGCAUCAUAAAAGCCCAGCAAAUGACAAAACUGUUUAGCCUGCAAAAAGGAAGGCAAAUGGUGUGUGUGUAUGUGGUAGUAAGCAUUAUUAUGCACGUCUGCUGCUUCUUCCAUGCGUAUUCUCCCACAUCUCUUGCGAUCUUUGUGUCGUUGACGAGAUCCGUUGGGCAGACCGAGCGACAAGCAAAUUUCAAUAACUCUGCGGAAGGGCCACACCCCACGGCACUAUUGCAGAUGCACAAAAAAAAAAAACACACACACACUGCUCUGAAUACUAAGAAGGACGAAAGGGAGAAGCGAUUUUUGCGAAUUUGUGGUUUUUGCCUAGUAUGUGUACAUUAGUUUCCUCGAGAGAAGCAGAGCUACCACGUAACGGAAACCCACGAUCGGUUUAAGUUUUCGCUUGUGUAUUCGUUCGCUUGUCCACGAUAACCACGAUUCGGUGUUGAAGCAUUACACUUGGAGAGAUAGUGACCGUGCAAUAGUAGUAACGCCGCGCGCUUACAGUAAUGAGGUUUUGCGAGCGAUCAUGCGAUUUGGAAUGAAGAUCGCUGAACCAUCUCCCGAAGAAGAAGAAGCACGCAAGCGAGCGAGUGUUAGCAGAAAGAGCAAAAAGAGAGAUUGAUGAAAUUAUGUUUUUAUUGUUGCAAAUAUACAUAUAAUGCACUAACUAAGCAAGUUGUACAUUGUAGAAAGUUGUAUUUAAACGAAAAAAAAAACAAUGCGAAACAAACCUAAGGCGCAGACAGAGAUACAAUUUUGGGAGAGGAACUUAUCGAUCGAUCUAAAACAUAAUAGUAGGAAGACACAAUGGAUCCAUAAAACAAACUUCAUUCUCAUUCGAUGCUUUGAUGCAGUUUCAUGCACUUCUUACAAUAUAGAAAACAGCAAAAAAAAAGGGUUGAUUCAUCACACAAAACACGCAAAGUGUAGUAGGAAAUGAAAUGCGCACGCCAAACUCCAUUCAUAACUUUGUUUCCUUUUCCCCCCUCCUUCAUAGUAGAGUGAAGAUCGCUAGUCUACGAACAAGAUAUAAUAUAUAUUUAGCUUAAUAUGUAAUAGCAGGCAUAUAUACAUACAUAUACUGGCUGGGAGGACAUUCCAAACAAAUUGAGAGCGUAAAACAAGAAAAAAAAGGAACAAGGUACGCGCGUUACUCGGUGAAUAAAGAGAAAAUACACAUUAAAAUAAUAA